AACACUUGCGCAUACUAUUUCAAUCAAAACGUUUCGAAUUUCCCGGAAUUGGCUCAAAACCUUUUUUUGGACUGAGCCCAGUUUGUUAUGAACAAGACACUACAAAUUUACUUGUAUCAGUCAUUAUGAAGGUUUAUCAGAUGACGAUCAGCAAAUCGGAUCGACCUAGUAAUCUACAAAUGUGCCUUCGUCAUGGUCUGCGGCUUGGGAGAUGGGCAGGAUUUUUUCCCGUUCAGGGACUUGGCCAAACUGCUAUAGAUGGCACCAGCUUCAAGAUCAAAUGUUUCUACAGCAUCUAUUACUUGGCUACUAUUGUAGGACAAGUCACUAUGUCAAGUUUCACUUUGCUGUAUUUCUUUCAACAUGAAGUUACCAUGACUACCGUUUCUUAUAUAAUAUUUUACGUAACGAGCCUCGUUUCGGCAAUACUACUUUUGAAGUUGGCAAAACAAUGGCCGAAAUUGAUGAAGAAAGCCAAAGAAACUGAGCAAAUACUAACUGAAGUGAAAUUAGAUAACAGGGCCGUUUUGAAAUCCAGUAUAAUUGCUUACGUCGCCAUGGCAUUGGCUUUGGUUGAACACUUACUCUGUACAAACUUCAACGUGGCAAUUGUGAUGAACUGCUUGGAGGAGACAUCCAUCAAUACCAACGUGAUGGAGAACUACGUCGUGCAUAGGAUGCCAUACAUCUUCUACUACGUUCCGUAUAGCAUUUAUAGUGCUUUAUUGUUUGAGUACAUUUGCAUCCAAUCGACAUUUAUGUGGAGUUUUAACGACGUCCUAACUAUAUGCUUUAGUGUUUAUAUUACAGCGUAUUUCAAUACUUUGAACAAAGUCAUUGCUAACGCUGCCUCAAAAAACAAGGCUAAUGUCUCCUGGGCUACUCUUCGAGAACACUACUCCAGCUUCGUUAAACUGGUAAAAGAAAUAGACGCUCAGGUCAGCUCGUUCAUCCUCCUGUCAUUCUUCACAGAUUUGUUCUUCAUUUGUCUUCAGCUGUUCAAUUCAUUGCACCGCGAUUACGUUAAUUUCAAAAUCUGCGAUGACAAACAAACAAAACUCGCGCUGACGUCAGCAGACUAUCUUCUAUAUUACCUCUACUCUUUCCUGUUUCUUGUCCUCCGAGCACUUAUGCUGUCAUUGUUUGCUGCUAAUGUGCAUUGUGUGGCAAUGGAGCCUAUAUUCUCAAUUUAUGAUGUGUCACCAUCAGCUUAUGAUAACGAGGUUCGAAGAUUUGAAUUACAACUCCAUCACACGAAAGUCGGUUUAACCGGGAAAUUCUUCUACGUCACCCGGGAAAUGGUACUUAAAGUUGUGGGGACAAUUAUAACAUACGAGUUAGUGUUACUGCAGUAUUCAGUCCCACCAAAGACACCUCUCAAGACAAACACCGCAACUACUGCUAUUUAUAAUGAUACGGAGCAGAUCGCGUACGGACAAAUCCUCGCCACUGUGGAACAUUGCGAGUGCAAUAAAGUUCACGACAAACGUACUAUAAAAGAGAGUCAAUUUGUGACUUUCCAAAAAUGUAUGAAGGUCUUACUAAUAUGGGGACAAUGUAUUGGAUUAAAUCCGGUAUGUGGAAUUACAAAUGAAGAUGCAUCUAAAAUGAGGUUCACAGUCUUCUCUUUAAGAUUCAUAUAUGCCGUGACGUUAGCCGUCUUCAACAGUUUAAUAGCCCUCCUCUGUAUAUACAGAUUGUCAGCAUCACCCACGAAUAUAAGUGCUCUUGUGGAACACGGACUAUCAGUAUUAUCUAAAUUAGCAAGAGUAUCUGAUUGCAACCCUAAAGAUGAAUUUUGGCCUGAAUUUCACAAGUUAACAUCACCGUGGUACUACCGCCAAUUCAAUAUUACUAGCGACACAGCACCUAUGCAAAUCUUGUUACAGGCUCUAAAUUUAUCUGCGACAGUAGUGUGGAACUAUCUGAACAUGUUUGUCGUUUGCAUCAGUAUGUUUCUGACGUCUAUACUGCUGCAAGUUAAUAAGAAAAUCGUCAAGGCUGUAGAUAAGAAUUACAUGCCUUCAUCAAUUUGGGGUGAGCUGAGGGAGGACUACACUCGAGCCACGCGGAUGGUCAGACUGUUCGAUGACGUCAUCAGUCCUAUCAUUCUGAUAUCGUUUGCCAACGAUCUCUUCUUCGUGUGUGGCCAACUCUUCAAUAUACUUGUUUUAGGAUUUUCUUUUGUUUUUAGAAUGGGAGCCAAUUCCGUGACAGAGUACAUACAAAAGUGCCCAAAUUAUCGAAGUGGUAUCCUCAGAGGCUACGAGUACCCUAUAUACCUAACAUACUCCUUGGUGUUCCUGUGCGGCCGCUUCGUCGUCCUAUCUCUCGCGACUUCGGAAGUCAAUACUGCGUCUCUGGAACCUUCAACUGUCCUGUACGGGAUACCAUCAUCUGCGUAUAGUAAAGAGGUAGAAAGAUUCCUGCACCAAGUUAACGGUGACUUCGUUGGGUUGACUGGUCUUCGUUUCUUUAACAUCACUCGUGAGGUCAUUCUAUCGGUGGCCAGUACUAUAGUUACAUAUGAGUUAGUACUUUUGCAGUUCAGCAGUCAAUGAGAAGAAAAACUAAUUUGGGAACCUUAAAAUUG